GCAAAAUAUAAUAAAAUAAAUAACGAAAUUAAUUGCCAACCCGUGGCAAGUAAACGAAAUGCAAAAAUAAAGAAUUUGUGUUAAAUUCCAGGUGUGUUCAGAGUAACCAAAACGAAGAAAAGGAAAAGCUCUUACUCUCUCUGCAAAAUAGUUCUUUGGGUGCGGGUGUGGGCACGGGCACAGUGGCGGGGUCGCGUGUGUGUGUGGAGUGUUGCGGCAUUUUAAUGUCAUUUCAACUAAAUUAUUUUUGGAUAAUUAGAAUCUAAGGCGGUGGCUGAAGACGCCUUCCUCCUCCUCCUCCUCCAUAUCCACCGAUAGCAAUCAUGGAGAGCGAAAGAUUACGCAUUAUAUUCGAGCAACCAGAAAGAAUAUACUUUGCCGGUGAAAUAAUCCGUGGCGAUAUCUGGAUGAAUUGCAACAAACGUACCAAAAUACGCGCCAUAAAAAUCCAAAUCACCGGAAAAGGCAAAUGCAAGUGGAUGGAAAUUCUGCGCAAAAACUCCAAUAAUAAUGAAUAUACACGCAGCUUAUUUUACACCAGCAAGGAGAUUUACGAGCACAGUGAAACCCCAUUGCCCGACUUUGAGCCUCGGGGCUUGGAGCUGUCACCAGGAGAGCACACUUUCAAGUUUUGCGUGAUGCUGGGUCGCCAGUUGCCCUCCAGCUUUAAGGGCAGCUAUGGCAGCAUCAAGUAUAAGAUGCGAAUUCUGAUUCAACGUCCAUGGACAUUUGAUGAACGACACACCAUACCAUUUACUGUGGUCAAAAAUAUGCCCUUGCCGCCGAAUUUUCGCAGUAAUCCCAGUCCUCUGGAGAAGCAAAUCACCAAGACGAUUAGUUUAUUUGGCACCCGUCCGAUCACUAUGGUCGCCCUGUUGCCCGAGGAUUUCGCUAUACGUGGCGAGCCGCUAAGAAUUUGCGUAACUGUGAUGAAUAAUUCCACCACGAAUGUGGAGAAACUGCGUUUCAGUGUGCUCCAAUAUGUGACCUAUUAUAGCCACGUGCCGUUGCGUGUCCAGAAAGUCGAGUGCAUAGCUAUAGCCAAUAAGGAGACGGGUUCGGUGCACAAGAAAAGUGAACGCAGCUUCGCCCAUGAGCUCCUCAUGCCGGAUGGGGCCCAACCAACGGACGAGCAAUUCAGUGGUGUCAUAACCAUCUCCUAUGAGCUACGUGUCGAGGCCGUAUUGAGAGGAUUCUUCAAGAAUUUAGUUUUGAAUUUGCCUUUUAAGGUCUACUCCCAGGACGUGGCGAACAGGCAGGGGUCGAUGCGUCCGCCACCACCUCCACGACCAAAUGAUGGGCCCCCACUACCGCCGCCAUCUUCAGCAGAAUCAAUUGGAGCAGGGAAUCCCUUUGAAUCUGCCUUGGCUGGUAAUGUUUAUCCGACAUUGGACUCAUCCAUUGGGUCUCCUUCACACUCAUCGUCGCAAUAUAGUGAAUGCAGUUCCAUCAACUCGACCACUUCAGACUCAUCAGCUGCCACCCUUAGUCCAGCUGUUGCUGGCGGUGGUGCCAUGGAAUUGUCAUACACCUCGGGAUCCCAAUCAUCGCAAUACGGCAGUCCUGCUGCUCGGGCCAGUCUACGCAGCUCGAAUGUGCCCUACUUGCCUUAUCCACCACCUGCAGCAUCAUCCAGCCCUCUGAUGGUGCAAUCCUAUCCACCGCAACAUUUGUCGACAUAUCCGCUGCCAGAAUCUCCGCAAUAUACAUUGCUCGCCAUUUCACCAGCAAAUCCAAUACAGACCCAAGCCAUUAGUGGUUAUAGUCAAUUGGCUUCCACUUCUUCAGCUUCCACUUCACAGUCGGCUUCGACAUCUGGUUCAUUUCUUCAUCCACGCCAGCCGCCUGGUGCCCACGAGCUGCCUCCAUCUUAUGAUGAAUUGUUUGGCGCCCCACCGCCAACUUUGUCAGAGACACCAAAGUGAGAAUCUUUAGACGAUCUCUCAGAAUGCAUUACAUUGCAUCUCAUACUCACUGCUAGCAGUUAUCAUAUACAUAUGCCGCCCAGUAAUAUCCAAGCUUUCGUCUAGGAUUAAUGCUUCAGGUUUUACUUUAUACAUAUAUUGUUAACAAAAACAAAAAGAGACUCGUUGCGAACAAAGAAGCCACACAAAACAAUAGAAUCUCCACAUAGAUUUGUAUGCCCAAACAUAAACACAAACAAUUUUGAUUUGUUUACUAUUUUAAGCAAACUAUUGUAAUUAGUUACCAACCUUUCUUUUUGGCAAAUAUUAAUUAUAUAAUUACAUAUAUCACAAAAUUAUUUUUGCCAAAAGUUUUCGAAUAAAAAGUUGUCAAUGCUCGCAGAAUAGAUUAUCAUAAUCAAAUAAUGAUAUGAUUGCCCAUAUUAUUUGCCCAUUUGUAGCUAAUUUUAAGUCGAGUCCUUAAUUAUAUGCAUAAGUAUAAUAAUGUAAACACAUUCAAAUACCAAAUUUGUGUUCGCGUCUUUUGAAAAGUCGCGUUAGACAACAGAAUUUUGAAAUUAGUUAAACAAAUUUAUGAAAAGAAUUUGCAAAUUCAGAGUUGAACUAAAAAAUUAGUUAAAGUACUUGAUUAAUAACGAGAGAGUUAUUAUUUUUAGUAGAUUCUUUGUAUUUUGUAUUGGUUACAUGACUUUUUUAUACUUGAUUUUCUCUCUUAUUUAUCCGUCGAACGAAUAUACAUACA